CCGCCCCCCCGCGCCCGGCCUCGCCACUGCCAGCAUCCCCCGCUUCGGGGUGCAGACGGACCAGGAGGGGCUGCUGGCCAAGGAGCUGGAGGACACCAACAAGUGGGGGCUCAACGUGUUUAAAGUCGCCGAGUACUCGGGCAACCGCCCGCUGACGGUCAUCAUGUACAGCAUCUUCCAGGAGCGAGACCUGAUGAAGACCUUCCGCAUCCCCGUCGACACCUUCAUCACCUACAUGCUGACGCUGGAGGACCACUACCACGCCGACGUGGCCUACCAUAACAACAUCCACGCUGCCGACGUGGCUCAGUCCACCCAUGUCCUCCUCUCCACGCCCGCGCUGGAGGCUGUCUUCACGGACCUGGAGAUCAUGGCUGCCAUCUUCGCCAGUGCCAUCCAUGAUGUCGACCACCCUGGUGUCUCCAACCAGUUUCUCAUCAACACCAACUCGGAGCUGGCGCUGAUGUACAAUGAUGCCUCGGUGCUGGAGAACCACCACCUGGCUGUGGGCUUCAAGCUUCUCCAGGAGGAGAACUGUGACAUCUUCCAAAACCUGAGCAAGAAGCAGAGGCAGUCACUCCGCAAAAUGGCCAUUGACAUGGUGCUGGCCACGGACAUGUCCAAGCACAUGAACCUGCUGGCGGAUUUGAAAACCAUGGUGGAGACCAAGAAGGUGACCAGCCUCGGGGUGCUGCUGCUGGACAACUACUCCGACCGGAUCCAGGUCCUGCAGAACAUGGUGCACUGUGCCGACCUCAGCAACCCCACGAAGCCGCUGGAGCUGUACCGGCAGUGGGCCGAUCGCAUCAUGGUGGAGUUCUUCCGUCAAGGUGACCGGGAGCGGGAGAAGGGGAUGGAGAUCAGCCCCAUGUGCGACAAGCACACAGCAUCUGUGGAGAAGUCCCAGGUGGGCUUCAUUGACUUCAUCGCCCACCCACUGUGGGAGACGUGGGCCGACCUCGUGCACCCCGAUGCCCAGGAGAUCCUGGACAUGCUGGAGGACAACCGGGAAUGGUAUCAGAGCAUGAUCCCGCGCAGCCCGUCCCCACCGCCUGAGGGACCUGGAGCGUCCCCCACUGCCACCGACAAGUUCCAGUUUGAGCUGACGCUGGAGGAGGAGGAGGAGGGUGAGUCAGACACGGAGCUGGAAGGGGCUGAGAGCCCCUUGGACGAGGACAACAGCGGCUCCAAGACCACAGCCCCCGACCUGACACUGAGCACCUGUCACCCGACCAUGGGGACCAGGACUCGCCUGUUACCCGCCCCAGGGACGUGGACAACCGACGGGCGCUGGAGGGGAUGCUGCCAAAGGAUGGUGGUGGUGAUGGGUGCUCAGCGCCAGAGAUUAAACCUGGUUUGUAUCCCCCCAAAAUACGAGUCUCGUAAGUGCCUCUUUACCGUGAUGGUGUCACGGCAGCCACGGUUGUGCCGGUUUGACCAGUGUCCCCAGGGGCCAGCGCGGUUGGUGGCCCGGUCUCCUGCCAUGCACCGGGGAGGGCCCUGCUCUGUGUUUGAACAAAAGCGAGCUCCUCCCUGGAAACGUCGAUCCAUCACUGGCAAACACAACCCGCUAAG